UUAUAUCCUCUCAAAUCAGACAACCCCAAGGCAUAUAUAUACUUAUUGCUUGCUGCUAGCUAGGACUCAAACACACACCUUAUUUUCAUGUCAAAUUUGAUUUCAAUGGAAUUGGAAAAGGAAAAGGAAAAGGAAAAGUGUAGGCAAGUUAUAAGGUGGGAAGAUAUGAAGAAAGAUGAGAAAUGUGAAUCCAUGGAGUCUUGUUCCUCCUUGAGUGAGUCAGCAGAAGAAGAGGAUGAUGCAACAACAUCUUCAUCUUCAUCUUCUUCCUCUUCACUCUUUGAAUUCACUGACCUCAUGGCUCAACUCCCCAUCAAGAGGGGUCUGUCCAAGUUCUAUAAUGGAAGAUCAGAGAGUUUUGGAUCGUUGAGGAGUGUGGAGAGUGUAGAAGAUCUAAAGAAGAAGGAGAGGCAGCAUAGUAGUAAAAGAAUGAAAGUGAGCAAGAGCUAUGGAAAUCGCCACAGCCUUAGCCCAAACCCUACCAUUGCCAAGAGAUCAUCAUCGCCCAACACUAUAAAUGCGAUCCCUCUAAUUUAAUUUAAAUUUUGUGAUCUACAUUUUGUCCUUAUUUGAUCACAUUGUUGUGGAAAUCAAUAUACAAAUUUAGCCAGGUGACUAAUAAUUUUCUUUA